UCUCACUUCUACCACCACCUCACGGACGUCCACACAUGCGAGUCUGAAUGCUGCAAGCUCGCCCGCUGAGGACUAGGCUGAGAAGAGGAGUAUUUGCCGGACAGAACGCACGUUAUGUUCCUCUCGCUGCUUCCGGCCCUUGCCCUGGCAUUUGCAUAUCCUGUUCUCAGCGCAUCUUCCUCUCCGAACGAUCCAUUUCGCGACAUUGCUCUGCAGGCUCCUAAGGCACCAGAACUUCCCAUUUGUUGCCUCAGACCCCUAGAACCAGUCGAGCCGAGCGCAGGAGACGAUGUCUUCAUCUCCUUUGAAGACUGGAAGGCCAGACGGCUUGGCGAGGCAGGGGAGCAGCCCUCCCGCUCUUCGCCAUCUGCCAACAAUGCCCAGAGGCUCGCUGGAGUAAAGGAGAGGAACGAGGUCGCUGGAGCGGGCAAUAUGGGCCCAACGAGCGAAGUCGCAGGUGCAGCUCAGGCCAGCGGUCAAGAGAGCACGGAGACGGUACAGCACGAUGAACGACUCUCCCCACAUUUCCGUAUACCUACCGUCGACCGUUUCAACUACGCGGCGACGGACUGCUCCGCCCGCGUACACACCGCCCAUCGCUCGGCGAAGUCUCCGUCCUCGAUUCUCUCCUCGAAGAAGGACAGGUACAUGCUCAGUCCGUGCGCGGAAAAGAAGCAAUUCGUGGUGGUUGAACUCUGCGACGACAUCAUGAUUGACACGGUGCAGCUUGCAAACUACGAGUUCUUCAGCGGCGUAUUCAAGGACUUCUCGGUGAGCGUCGCCAAGACGUCUCCGACCGAUGAAGGAGGGUGGACGCACGCCGGGACGUAUCGUGCGCAGAACGUGCGCGGGGUUCAGUCCUUCCAUCCUCCGCCCACACUGCGUGAUUUCUAUCGUUUCAUCCGAAUUGACUUUCACUCGCACUAUGGCAACGAGUACUACUGCCCUCUAUCCCUAUUUCGCGUCUAUGGUCUUACGCACCUCGAGCAGUGGAAGUGGGAUGAAUGGGAGUCGCGGAGCAAGGCACGGCGGGCCAUUGAAGAUGCCAGUGCUGCCGUGGAAAGCACUCCCGAGCCACCACAGGCAGUACACAUCCCUGUCGUCGAAGUGCCGAAGCCGGAUCCUACCGAAACAGUAUCAGUGGACAAGGUCGAUACUCGCUCAGUUUCCGGAAUCGGACAUACAGCUGGCGAGGAUCGGACUGACUCGGCACCUUCGAACGACCAAGCAGCGGCGACUCCCACACAAUCGCAGUCUGUCGGGGAACCACAAUCGUUUCAGGACGUGAUCCCGCCCUCCGAUAUGGCUGCUCCAGUUUCCUCUAUUAUAGCUUCAGAUAGCGUCCCUCCGGAGACAAUGACGACCCCUGACGACCUUCACAAUGUUUCUCAUGUGCCUCAGACAGCGCACGCUACACAUCCGGCUGACGGUGACUCUACAAAGACGACACCAUCCUCAUCAAUAUUACAUCUCAAUCCUUGGAUCAACUACCUCACAGCGCGUCUCCCCAGGAAGACUUGUCCUCUGAGAGUGUUCACGCAUCUCAGUCCCGAGCGGCGUCCAUUGCAUCAAACGUCUCUUCUCUGUCUUCUAUUCCGCUGGCCGUAUCGCAGUCGCAUUCUCCACCUCCACCGCCGCCAGUCGUAUUCCCUCCGGCUAGCACUGGAGGGGAAUCCAUCUAUCGUACGAUCAUGAAUAGGUUGUCCACCCUGGAAGCCAACACGACUCUGUACGCGCGGUACGUCGAAGAGCAAACGGCUGGAAUCCGAGAGGUGCUGCUGCGUCUGGGUGAGGAUUUGGGCCGUCUCGAGGGUAUCGUACGUCACGUUCCAAUUGUCUAUUCCGGGCCCAUGGCUCAUGUUUC